AUGAAAUAUACUAAGUUGAAUUUUAUGUCGUCAGUCCUUGGCAUUAUGAUCUAUGUUACUGAUUUAAUUGUGGACAUCUGGGUGUCUGUCAGAUUUUUUCAUGAAAGACAGUAUGUUUUUGGUGUUUUAACAGUAAGCUUUAUGCUCUUUGGAACACUUGUGGUCCAGUGUUUUAGUUAUUCUUGGUUCAAGGCUGAUUUAAAAGAAGCAGGCCAAGAAAGUCAUCAUUGUUUUCUUCUACUUCAUUGCUUGCAAGGUGGAGUUUUUACAAGGUAUUGGUUUGCCUUGAAACAAGGUUAUCAAGUGGCUUUCAAGUAUAGCAGCAAAACUGAAAACUUCGUGGAAAAAGAGAUUAAUGAUAGGGUGACAGAUUUGAGCAUGCUAAGGCUGUUUGAGACCUACCUGGAAGGUUGCCCACAACUUGCUCUUCAGCUCUACAUCUUUCUGGAACAUGGUCAAGCAAAUUUCACUCAGUAUGCAGCCAUCGUGGUCUCUUGCUGUGCUGUUUCUUGGUCGACUGUUGAUUAUCAAGUAGCUUUAAGAAAAUCCUUACCUGAUAAAAACCUCUUUAAUGGACCCUGUCCCAAGCUUGUAUAUCUCUUUUACAAGUUGUUUACAUUAUUAUCUUGGAUGUUGAGUGUUGUGCUUCUUUUAUUCUUAAAUGUUAAGAUUGCUUUCCUUCUAUUGUUAUUUCUUUGGCUUUUAGGUAUAUUUUGGGCAUUUAAAGAACAAACUGAUUUUUGUGUUUCGACAAGUAUGGAAAUCCUAUACAGGAUUGUUGUCGGAUUCAUUCUUAUCUUUACAUUUUUUAAUAUUAAGGGACAGAAUACCAAAUGCCCAAUGUCUUGUUAUUAUAUUGUAAGGGUAUUGGUCACAUUGGGGAUAUUGAUUGUGUUCUGGUUUUACCCACUCUCUAUUUUUAAUGCAGACUAUUUUAUACCUGUCAGCAUUACUAUAGUUCUUUCUCUUCUCCUUGGAAUUAUUUUUCUUCUUGUUUAUUAUGGGACUUUUCACCCAAACAGAAGUGAAGAGACAAAACUGGAUGAAGUUGAUGGAAAACCAGUUCAAAGAGAUUGUAGAAUGAAGUAUUUCCUCAUGGAAUAA